UUCUGGAAAUGACUUCAAAUACCUUCAAUCAAUCCAAAUUUAUACCAACCGCACCGGAAAAGGGUAGCUUUCCACUUGACCACGAAGGUCUGUGCAAAAAAUAUUAUCUCCUGUAUAUGCGGUGUCUGCAUCAAAGUGACGAUCAAAGUUCACAGUGUCGCAAAGAGGCGCAGGAAUAUUUAAAUUGUCGCAUGCAGAAUGAGCUUAUGGAAAAGGCUGAAUGGUCACGGUUAGGAUUUGAAGAUACGAAAACAGAUAAAACAACGUCGUCGUCGUCCUCAUCGUCAACAUCAACGCGAAAUUAA